AUGAACCAGAACGUGACCCUCUCCUGCCACUCAGACUCUGGAUCUCCACCUAUCAGAUACACCUUGUUUAAACGCAAUCAGAAGGUAUCCACUUUAAAUAGGCCAGACUUGACCCCCGGUUUAUUUAACUGGACUAUCAACUCUGCCAGUGACGUGGGUGAAUACAAAUGCAAAGCUGAGAAUAACAUCUCCCGUGGUGGAAAAUACAGCAACAGUCUCAACUUCACCCUUAUAGAGCCAAUUUCCAAACCAGUGCUGAGCUCACCCAACUCUCAAGCAAAGAAAGCCCAGAAUGUGACCCUGUCUUGUCUCUCAGAGAAUGGCUCUCUUCCUAUCACAUACAUAUUCUUCAAAGGAAGACAAAGCAUUUCCCCCCCAGUGAAGAUGCAGAAGAGGGAAGCAGCUGUGAUUUUUCUAUUUAUCAAUUCCUCUAGUGACUUUGGAACCUAUAAAUGCAGAGCUGAAAAUAGCUUUCGCAAUAAUACAAAAUACAGCAACAGUUUCAACUUUACAUUAGCAGAAGAGAGAAGCCAUUCUCAAACCUUGAUCAUUUCUCUUGCGCUGAUCUUGCUACUAUUAGUAAUAGGAUUUGCUCUGGCAAUUCCAUUUUUCAUAAUUCCUUCAUAUAAAGCAAGAAAAUUUAAGUCUGCUAGGUCCUCAACUGGCCUUACUUCAACAAUGAACGCAGAAGAGUCUGAAAACUACAUCAUAUACACGGAGAUUGAGCCUGUUAAACCAGAAGAAGAAUAUGUCAACUUUUCUGUUAUUAGAAGAGAAGAUGAAAAAGGUGAAAACCUCAAGCUAUAA